CGUCCUCCUUCCCUUCUACGCAGACGACAAAAGAUGCAGGCGCUCAUCACCCCCCGUGCUGCUGCCGCUGCAAGGAACGUCCGUGCAGCGAGGAGCAUCGUCCUCGCCGCUCGUUUCAACACUGCCCGCCCCUCCUACACACAGUCGACGCAACCCAAGCAGGCAGAGGCAGGUGCAUUCACCUACAAGCCCGGUGGACCCAUCAUCCGUGGCACGGUAAACGACGCUGUUCCCUAUCCUCACCCCUCGCGCUCGCAUGGCUCCUACCACUGGUCGUUCGAGCGCCUCCUCUGCGCAGCGCUCAUCCCCUUGACCGGGGCGACCUUCGUAGUGAGCGGAACAGCGCACCCGAUCCUGGACGGCCUCCUCGCUGUGUCUAUCAUCGUCCACAGCCAUAUCGGGUUUGACGCAUCGCUGACGGACUAUCUCCACCCGCGCAAAUUCCCUCUCAUUGGUCCUCUGAUGAAGUGGCUCGUCCGGGGGAUGACAGCCGGCGCCCUUGUCGGUCUCUACCAAUUCAACACGAACGAUAUCGGCCUGACAGAAUUUAUCAAGCGCCUCUGGCAUGCAUGAGCACGCCUCCGUGGCGACGGGUAGGUUGUAUCCUACGUGUAUGCUGCAGUUCUGCAACUGGCACUCGUAUUCCCUCGCUCUCUGUAUUAUGUCUGCCAAAC